AUGAUUAAUCGGCAUUACCAUGAUCUGAUCUCCUUCUACUACUACUUAUUAUUAUUCCUUUUCCUCUUUUUUCUCAUUUUCUCCUCUUUUUUUUCCUACCUCUUUUUCUUCUUUUUCUUACCCUCUUCUUUUUUUUUUAUUUCUUUCCCUUCUUUUUAUUCUUUUUUUUCUUUUCUUUUUCUUUUUCUUUCCCUUUUCUUUUUCUUCUUAUUUCUUUCCCUUUUCUUUUUAUUCUUAUUUCUUUCCCUCUUCUUUUUAUUCUUAUUUCUUUCCCCUUCUUUUAUUCUUAUUUCUUUCCCUCUUCUUUUUCUUCUUAUUUCUUUCCCUUUUCUUUUUCUUCUUAUUUCUUUCCCUUUUCUUUUUCUUCUUAUUUCUUUCCCUUUUCUUUUUCUUCUUAUUUCUUUCCCUCUUCUUUUUCUUCUUAUUUCUUUCCCUUUUCUUCUUGGCAAUUUUUGUUUUCUUUUUUUCUUCUUAAUUAAUCCUUUUCCUCUUCCGUUUUUUUUCCUUGGCUAUUUUUCUGUUUUUCUUCUUUUUCUUUUUCCUCUCAACAAUUUUUUGUUUUCUUCUUCCUUUUCCUCUUCAUCUUUUUUCUUUUUCUUGACAAAAUAUCUCCCAUCUUUCCUUCUCUCUUCUUCCCUCCCUUUUUCUUCUCUCAUGGCGUUCUCCUCAUCUCACAUCCACACUGAAAUAGGACUCCCUAACAGAUCUUCAUUGCCACCCCACCCCUUCACAGUAUGUCGCUAUCUCUGGUCCUACUCCUGA